UUGGAUCGGUGACAUAAUGGUUAGACACAUUUAGACAAAAGGUUAACUUUCCACAUUUAUUAGAUUCUGAAUCGCAACUCCGUAUUGCAUUGUAGAAACACAAUUUAAACUGGGAAAUAGGGCUUUGUCGCCUUGUUAUACGUUUUCUGUGGGCGUAGCUCCCUCUGCUGUAUGAAGAGACAAUCAUAACAAGAAACACGUCUCGAUUUAAUUACAAUUUCAGAAAAUAUACAUAAGAUUUGGAUUUCAAUGACUACCAUUUCAUUGUGCAGUCAGAGCUAGUUUAAGGAUAUAUUAAAUAUAUUUAUCUAUAGACAUUCUCUGGUGUAGUUUAGUCAUAGAGUUAGUGCACAGUUAUUUUCACCAUUGUUGCCUAGAGGUCGCUGUCACGUUGCAUCAUCUUAGUUCCGGUGUGAGAAAACGUCAUGAUUUCGCGCACGCGUAAGGAAGGGGGAACGGGGAACUGAAUUCUCCGGAACAUCGGGAACGUGAGUGAAGUGCGCGUAGCUUUGGAGCUGUUGGGACCAUAGACAUAAUGGUUGGGACAGUGUUGCUUAUAUUCUUUGCUGAAUAAUCAAGUUGUUAUCGAAUUUAUAGCAUUUAAGGUAGGUCAUUUACAUCAGCAAGGACACGUUAUAAAUAACUGGAAUGGGACUACAGGUUUUGCUAUAUUGGCCUAACAUUAUCGGUUAUGUUCGAGUUGCCCUUAUAUUUGCUGCUGCAACCGUCCCCGACCAACCAUCUGUUUUCCUCGUCCUCUACUCAACCUCUGUCAUUCUAGAUGGUUUUGAUGGUUGGGUUGCUAGGAGGCUUGGACAGAUCUCCAGUUUUGGAGCCUGGUUGGACGUAGUUGUAGAUAAUCUUGGCAGGGGGAUGUUGUGGACUAUGGUUUUUAAGUGUGGUUGGCUGGUGUCUACAGUCGAGUGGUGUGUGCUUGUAUGUAACCACAACUCCAGAGGUGCCCAUUGGAAGAGCAGCUUCACAGACAGCCCAAGUUGGAUACAGGCCAUCAUGGCAAACGGCUUUUGGACACCCCUUGGAAUGUGGGUGAUUGGAGGUGUUCAUGGCCUACCCCUGUGGCUCUAUGGUCUUCAGUGGGGGGUACUUUCCUACUCCCUCUGUUUUCCUCCCUGGCUCCAGGCUUUUGGGACAGUGUUCCUGACUCUGGGAAGGCUCUUGGGUCUGUCCGUGGAGGUACUACACUGCUGCAUGCUGGGAUUAGAAAGAUGCUUGUCUGAAAAAAAACACUCACACAUCAUCUUGCUGGUCGUGUUUGGCCUUAUGGCAACUUUGUAAUCUUUCUAUCUUUCUUAGAUGUGGAGUAUAUGGUCUCACAUAAUGUACCUUACCAAAGAUGAGGCGAAGGAGAAAAAGGAGUGAAAGGGAUUGAGGCUGUCAACCCUAAGACUGACCCUACAGGUCAACUACACAGACACUAUUCUACCUUCAGGGUCCUAGUGGACAUUAUGCUGCUAUAUAUUCACUCAGAAGUUAAAUUAGCCAGGCCUUUCUUGUGAAUGCAAAGGGUUACUCGAUAUUUAACUUCUAGACACAUGGUGUUUUGCUCCUAUGGAUUUUUUACUUCGGGAGUACUUAUGAUAAAAUGUACUCAUGCUGGUAUCCAGUGUUAUAAAUUAUUAUUUAUGUAUAGGAAAGCACAAAGAGAAAACACAAUGCUUAUAGUAUGGUUUGAUAUACAAAAAGAAAGCCUAUGAAGGUGAUGUGAGUCUAAUACCUUACAAUGACCAAAGUGGACUAGUGUAGGGACCUAAAAGCAACAAAACUGCAAAUUAUUUCAUCUAGGGGAAGGACUUUGGUUAAGCAAUGUUUUCGAUGUGCUGAUCAUUUAAUUGUAUUUAUGAAAUCAUAUUGGACCAAUAAAGUUAUGAAGUGCUGAGUGACUUA